UUCCCGUUUUCAAGCAUAUGCUUGCUGAGAUUUCUAGCUUCUAGAGAUUCGUCACACUCUCCACUUUCUUUCUCGCCAUCGCUGCCAUUCUAGCUCCUAGAAUCUGCAAGAUAGUUGACGACCUCUCACAAAACCAACAGUAAGGCUAGAAAGCUGUUUGCAGACAAGGCUUCAGUGGGCUGAUCGCCUUCGAUCGUCUCGCAGACUUAUACAACCGCAUCGCUCAAAAUGUCUGUCGGAGGAAUCAACCCGAAUGAUCUGGGGAACAUGGGAGAGAUCGAGCAGCAGUUUGCCGUCAAGACUGUGGAACAUCUCGAGACUUACCAACGAGUGAUCCUCAACAUCCCUCCCUCAAGUUUGAAGCUUACCAAGAUGGACGACGCAAUCAUGGAAGACUUUCAGCAGACUUUCCCCGAGCUGGAUAGCGUCGAGGCGUUGACCAAGCUGAACGAGAACGAGAUGAAGAGCCCCCAGGGGAAGGAACGAUGGAGGAACUUUAUCAUGAAGUACGAGAAGCUCGUCCCGGAUUACAACUUUGGUACGAUCCUCCGUGGGGAUGCCAAGCGAGAGUACGACGAGGACAACUCAAUCUUGGUCACCCGAGUACAGUUUUAUGCCAUCGAGAUCGCAAGGAACAGGAAGGGUGUAAACGACGACCUGUACAACCGAUACCAAGCUCAGCAGAAGAACAAGGCAUAGAUAGCCUCGCAUAAUCGGUUGGAACGGAAGAAGAGGUUCGCGAGGAUAGAGCAGGGGGUUGUCAUCGACGGUCACAUGUAUCCCUAGAAUGAAUCGGAUCAAGGACGGAUUCUGGCAUAUAACGAGAGGCUGGAGAGUCGGCCGAGCCAAAAUCGCUCGGGAUAGACCAAUAGUGACGGUGCAUUGGAGUGCGCCUUGACGAUCACUCGUUAGACGACUAGGACGCAAGCGGAGCCUUCCGCCUUGAGCUGGAGUCAAGGGUAUUUAUGGAUUGCGGGAAACCCGGGAAAGCGAAUCGAUCGAUACCGAAAUGUCACGGGUCGGAUCCGAACAGGUCUUGUAAGGUACACCGGUCGCCGAGUGACC